AUGGAGGCCAACUUGCUCUUACCCAUGGAUGCCAGUUUGCGCGCUGCCGUCGCCGUUCUCGGUGCAGGCGCAUUGUAUCUACUCAGCCUAGUUAUUUAUCGCCUCUUCUUGUCUCCCCUAGCAAAAUUUCCAGGUCCCAAGCUUGCCGCAGUAACAAGUUGGUACGAGUUGUACUAUGAUCUUGUCCACAAAGGCAAAUAUCUGUUUGAGAUUGAGAAGAUGCACGACAAGUAUGGACCAAUCGUAAGGAUUAAUCCGUUCGAGCUUUCCAUCCGCGACUCGGAAUACUACGACGAACUCUACGUCGCGGGCUCCGUCCGCCCCACGGACAGAUACGAGGCCUUCGUCGAAGGUAUUAUUGACUUCAAGGGCUCUCACAUCGCGACGAUAGAACAUGACCUCCACCGCAAGAGGAGAAAGCCACUCGACCCUUAUUUUUCCCGACUUGGUGUCUCAAGGCUAGAGCCCAUGCUUGGCGAGCUGACCGAGAAACUGAUCGUCAACCGAUUCGAAAGCUUCAAGGGAACUGGAAAGGUAGUGAGACUGGACCAUGCCUUCACGGCUUACUCCGGUGAUGUGAUUAACAGGCUGUGUAUGGAUGACCCGCCUGAUGUUUUGGUAGAUGAUCCGGAAUUCUCACCGUGGUGGUAUAACCUGUUCCACAAUGGGAUUGCAACGCUGCCUUUGUUUAUGGGGUUGCCUUGGUUGAUUCAUGUCGUCCGGCUUAUUCCUGUGAGCAUUCUGGCAAAGCUGGACCCCGGAACUCAGACCUUCAAUAAGUUCAAGAUGAUGUGCGAUGACCAUCUCCGAGUCGCUAGGCGUGAAAAAGCAGCCCUGGGAUCUAAAGAUACCUCGAUGAUGGGUGGCCGCCCGACCAUUUUCCGACAUGUGCUGAACAGCGAUCUCCCGCCGUCUGAACUCACAGACGAUCGCCUGUCUAAGGAAGCCCAGGUCCUUAUUGGCACUGGCACCAUCACCACAGCCGGAUCGUUGUGCUUCAUUUGCUACCACAUAAUGGUCAACCCCGCCAUCAAAAAGCGUCUCCAAGAAGAGCUGAAGCUCAUCAUGGCGAACUACCCUCCCAAGAAACCGACUUGGGCUGAAUUAGAGACAGCACCGUAUCUACAGGCGGUGAUCAAAGAGGGUCUUCGCCUCAGCUUCGGCACCAUGCACCGCCGUACGCGUGUUUCCCCCAAACAACCCCUCCAGUUCAGGCAGUGGACGAUCCCAGCUGGCGUCCCCGUCGGCAUGUCUGCAUACUAUGCCCAUCGUGAUCCGAGCGUCUUUCCGCGCCCUGAUGAAUUCCUCCCCGAGCGAUGGCUGGCGGACGUUACGCCGGAGAUGAGUCGCAACUAUGUCCCUUUUUCGAGGGGGUCAAGGCGAUGUUUGGGAACGAAUCUCGCGUACGCUGAAAUCAACCACGUUAUCGCUACACUUUUUCGUCCUGGGGGUCCCGACUUCAACCUUUAUGAAACGAGUGAGAAGGAUGUUAAGCCCGCUCACGAUUUGAUUGUGCCGCUGCCGAGUCUGGAGUCGAAGGGGUUUCGGGUUAUUUUUUAUUAA